AUGGCCAAGAAAGAUCCUACCGCGAUCUACUUGUCGGCCAAAGCACUCAUGCUUCAGCAACAGAAGUAUGGUCUCUUCCCGCGCAUCAUCGGAAAAGGUGACAAUGGUAAGCGGCUCGCCGACCUACUCAUCCGCAUGCGUACCGAAGUAACGGCCGGUGAGACCUCUACCGGCGGCGGCCCAUCAUUCCUGGGCUUAGCACCUAGUUCCAACAUCGACAGCCUCAUCAUCGUUGAUCGGGAAGUCGACUUUCCCACAGCGCUACUGACUCAGUUGACAUAUGAGGGACUCAUCGACGAAGUCUUCAACAUCACCGCCAACCAGACUGAAGUCGACUCUUCCAUAGCUGGUGGUGCACAGCCCCAGCAAGGUCAGACGGGAUCAGCAUCGACGAGCAUGAAGCGCAAGAUUAUGAUAGAUUCGAAAGACGCUCUGUAUGCUGAUCUGGGUGAUGCGAACUUUGCUAUCGUCGGUAACUUGCUCAAUCAAGCAGCUCGUCGUCUGCAGAGCAGCACAGGACGCGACCAGCUUGCCACAAAGACGACUACAGAGCUUCGUGACUUUGUCGCCAAGUUGCCCGGUUACCAGGCUGAGCAAGCAAGCUUGAAGCUACAUACCAGUCUGGCUGAGGAGAUUAUCAAAUUCACGCGCACCGACAUUUUCACGCGGAGUUUGGAAGUGCAGCAGAAUAUCAUGUCUGGCGCCGACCCAACAACACAACACGAUCUCAUCAACGAGCUCAUCAACCGUGAUGUACCGCUACCCGCCAUCCUUCGCUUGCUCUGCCUAGAGUCCACCACCAACGCCGGCAUCCGUCCGAAGGAUCUCGAGGCCUUCAAGCGCGCCAUCAUCCAGGCAUAUGGCCCGCAACACAUCCUGACUCUCGCUUCACUCGAGAAGAUGGGCCUACUAGGCCCACGAGGCGGCGUAAGUCUCGGUGGCGUAGGCGCGCCCGCCAAACCCGGCAGCGUAACAAACUACACGCCCCUGCGCAAGAGUCUUAAGCUCUGGGACGACGACGUGAACGAAGCAAGCCCCAACGACAUCAGCUACACCUUCUCCGGCUACGCACCCCUCAGUGUCCGCAUCAUCCAAUCCAUUAUCCAGAAGCACACCCUCGCCAACGCCAUCAAACCCCCCUCCGACCCCCGCGCAAGCGCCCAAGCCAACCCCCUUGCCCAAGGCCUCCGCAUCUUCGACGACGCAAGUAAAUACAUCCGCGGCGCGACGUUCGAUGAGACGCAGAAGGGUGAGGAGAAGGCUGUUAAAGCGCGGCAGCUGUUGAAUGGAAGUGCAGGUGAGAAGAACAAGACUAUUGUUGUGUUCUUUCUUGGUGGUGUGACUAGAGCUGAGAUUGCGGCGCUGAGGUUUGUGGGUGAGAAGUUGAAGGAGAGUGGUGGGGAGGGGAGGGGUAGCAGGAUUGUGGUGUGUGCGACGAAUGUGGUUAAGGGGGAGGGUUUGGUGGGGAGUGCGAUUGAGAAGAAGAGGUUCAAGGCUUGA